AAGAGCUGGUUGAUGGCUCGGGGUCCAUGUCCGGCGGGGCCAGACACAAUGCCCCUCCCUCCCGAAGGCGGCGAUACCGGCCUGACGCGCGGUGUACGGCGGCGGCAUUACAAGACAUCUCGCCAUCUGCAUGAACUCGCUCUCGCGCGGCCGACUUUGUGGCGUGUUCACACCUCGGAGUACCGACUUGGACGAGCCCUACCGACUUAUCGAGUCUUGCGCGCGGGUAAGCCUACCUGGGCUCGGUGAAGACUUGUCUGCCUCUGAGUCUUUGGAGGGGGAACAAUUCACCUGGCAUUUUGGGAAGCCUGUUUGGCUACAUGCGUACCCUGGGAACGAUACUCACGAUUUCACGCAUCACAUUCGUGGCACUGGGAGACCUACCACGCAAACCUGCAGCCGCAUAACCUAUCGCGGACCACACACAACGCGGCCUACCGUCGCACGUCGCAGCUACCUAUUCCAGAUUCCUGUUUGUUGGAUUCGCCGGCAACGUGGGAGCCAAAAACCGCUUCCCCCGCCAUUUUUGAGGCCCUCAACCACCGUUGCACGGCAGCCAGGUGCAGCACGUGCUCGUGUGGACGCGGGGACAACGCACCGAAGGAAUCCCAUUACUGAAAGCACUUGAUACGUUCAGAGGAAAGAAAAGGCAUUGAAGAAAGCUGGACUGAGUGAAUAACCACACAAGUCUCUACAAGGUGAUCCGAAAGGCUAUUGAUCGCACGAUGGUCACUUCUCAACAUCCUCCCGUGCUUUCCACCCACCUUCACACACACACACACACACACACACUUUCCCUCUUUGGCCUCCUCCCCUCCCCUCCCCUCUCCUCUCGUCUCAUCUCGGCUUGUUCUGCCUCCUCCCCUCUCCGCCCGGCUACCACACCCAAACUCGAACGCGCAUACGAAUAGCU